CCGUGGCCCUUCCCACUCCGUCAGUGUUCCAGGUGGUGAUCAGACUGCAGCUUGUUUCCAGCUGAAGACCAGAGCAGCAGUGGACUAAGGUGACAUCAUGGUGGUCCAUCCAGAGUUUGAGGGUGCUGGUGAGAAGGCGGGGCUUCAGGUGUGGCGCGUGGAGAACAUGGCGCUUGCUCCUGUCCCUGAAACGCUGUAUGGACGCUUCUACACUGGAGACGCUUACCUGGUUCUGAAGAGCACCAGUAACCGGGGAGGACGCCUGCAGUACGACCUGCACUACUGGCAAGGUUCAGACUGUUCUCAAGAUGAAAGUGGAGCAGCAGCCAUUUUCGCCAUCCAGAUGGACGACUUCUUGGGCGGAGCGCCAAUCCAGUACCGUGAAGUCCAAGGCCACGAGUCCAACACCUUCAGCGGGUACUUCAAAACGGGUCUCACAUACAUGAAAGGGGGUGUGGCUUCAGGGUUUCAACAUGUGGUGACCAAUGAUGUGGAUGUGCAGAGGUUACUGCAGGUCAAAGGCAGGCGUGUCGUCAGGGCAACGGAGGUUCCUGUUAGCUGGGAGAGUUUCAACCAGGGUGACAGUUUCAUACUGGACCUGGGACAGGACAUUAUCCAGUGGUCUGGUGGUCACAGCAACAUGUUUGAGAAACUGAAGGCCACCUUGGUGUCCAAGGGGAUCCGUGACAAUGAGAGGUGUGGGAGAGCAGAACUUGUGAUCUGCAAUGAGGGGGAGGAGCCAGAGCGGAUGAUAGAGGUUCUUGGGGAUAAGCCGGAUCUUCCAGAGUCCAGCAGUAAUGACGUUCAGGCAGACACCACCAACAGGAAGCAGGCUCGUCUCUACAGGGUGUCUAACGCAGGAGGAGACAUAGAGGUUACCAUGGUAGCAGAGCACAAUCCAUUUUCCCAGGAUGCUUUGGUGUCCGGGGAAUGCUUUGUCCUCGACAACGGAGGCAAUGGACAAAUCUUUGUUUGGAAAGGUAAGGGUUCCAAUGAUGAAGAGCGUCAUGCUGUUCUACAGACUGCAGAGAAGUUCAUUAAGCAGAUGAACUACCCAACAUACACACAGGUCCAGGUGCUCCCUCAGUACGGGGAAACGCCGCUCUUCAAACAGUUCUUCAAAGGCUGGAAGGACCCAGAGGACACUGUUGGCAUGGGAACCGCUUAUGUAUCCAGCAAGAUUGCAAAGAUUGAGAAGGUCCCGUUUGAUGUGACAAAGCUCCACCAAUCAGAAUCCAUGGCAGCGCAGUACGGGAUGGUGGAUGGAGGAGAUGGAGAGAAACAGAUCUGGCGGAUCGAAGGGUCUGAUAAGGUUCCAGUGGAUCAGGGGUCCUUUGGUCAGUUCUACGGAGGUGACUGUUACAUCAUCCAGUACCAGUACCAGCACAGUGGCAGACAGGGUCACAUCAUCUACAUAUGGCAGGGGGCAGAGUCUAGCAAGGAUGAGGUCGGGGCAUCGGCCAUCCUGGCUGUCCAGCUGGACGAUGAGCUGGCAGGUGCCGCUGUCCAGGUGCGUGUGGUCCAGGGGAAGGAGCCCGCCCACCUGAUGAGUCUGUUUGGGGGUCAACCCAUGGUGGUGUACAACGGCGGGACCUCCAGAGAGAACGGCCAGUCAGAAGCAGCAGAGACCCGUCUGUUCCAAGUCCGGUCCAACGCAGCUGGAAACACCAGAGCUGUGGAGGUGGAUCCAGCUUCCUCCAGCUUGAACUCCUCUGACGUGUUCCUCCUGGCCUCGUCCUCUGGAUCCUGGACCUGGAAGGGGCGGAGCAGCAGCUCAGCUGAACUGCAGGGAGCUGAGCACCUGGCUGGGAUCCUGCAGGUCACCCCCACCCAGCUGCAGGAGGGGGAGGAGGAAGAUGCAUUCUGGGCUGCUCUGGGGGGGAAGGGGGACUACUGUCAGACCCCGCGGCUGGACAACAAGAUGGAUGCUCAUCCUCCUCGCCUCUUCGCCUGCUCCAACAAAACCGGAAACUUCCAGAUGGAAGAGGUUCCAGGUGAGCUGACCCAGGACGACCUGGCUUCUGAUGACGUCAUGAUCCUGGAUACCUGGGACCAAGUGUUCGUCUGGAUUGGAAGCCAGGCGCACCAGGAGGAGAAGACAGAAGCCGCAGCCUCAGCUGAGCGCUACAUCGAGAGCGACCCGGCGUCCCGGGACCCGCGGACCCCCGUGGUGACGGUGAAGCAGGACUCGGAGCCGCCCACCUUCACCGGCUGGUUCCUGGGCUGGAACCGCGACUUCUGGAGCGUGGACCCGCUGCAGCGCCUCCUGCAGAACCUGUGACAUCACUUCCUGUUCAAACGCAACCUGGGAGUCUAAAGUAAUAAAAAAAAACCAUGCCAGUGUACCUGUGGUGUUUUUGUCCUCAUCGCCAUGGCAACAGUGUGACAGAGUACAGUUUUAUUGUCUCUUAUAAAUACAUCUGUGGGUCAAUAACAGGAGGGUCUGAGGGGGAAAAGAGG